ACGGUGCGGAGGCCGAAUGAGCCCAGACGAUGGAACCGCCUUCCGCUCAGUCGGAGACUGGGGCACUCAGUCCUCCUGCACUACGAUUCACAUGGCGCAUGUCCAAAUGCCCUGUUCAAAGGUUUUACUCCGUAUCAAAGCCAGCAAGUCGGCAAUGGAUGAGAAAAGGUCCUGUUGCAACAGCGCACGGCAUUCAGCACCGACGGUUCUUUUGCUUUGAGAGUGUGGCUUGCUUGUGGAGAGAACGCUUUCUACCAAAG